GAGGGAUGUGUGCUAGUGGAGGGGGUAGUCCUUAUGUGUGGAUGUGUGCUGUGCAUGGGUGUGAGCAAGCAAGUCUCCAGCUGGGCUCUGUUUGUGUGACGAAAUCACUAGAGAAGCGAAGGAUUCUCAUCCUGGGACUGUGCUGUUGGUCACCCUCCGUCUCCUCAUAGAGAGAGAGAGAGAGAGAGCUAGAGAGAGAGAGCUAGAGAGAGAGAGAGAGAGAGAGAGCUAGAGAGAGAGCUAGAGAGAGAGACAAGACCACUCCUCUGUCAUUCAUACGAACCUGCACUGUGCUGCUUUGCUGUCUGUGGUCCUGGCUUCCGAGGGAAGAUACAACACAGUCUGACUGCUGGGGAUUCUCUUGUGCUUGUGUCUGAGUGUGAUGCUUGGAUGGUUUGAAGAACUGUGGAGGGCCUGAGUGCUGUGGCUGUUGUGGCAUCAUGUUGAGGUGUGUGCUCCAGAGGGCCACUAACCUGGACAGGGGGGAGAGGCACAGCGACCCCCUGGCUAGCAUCACAUUCAGAGGAUCGAAGAAGAAGACUAAAGUGAUCAAAAACAAUGUUAAUCCUGUAUGGAAUGAGGGCUUCGAGUGGGACCUGAAGGGAGUGCCGUUAGACUCUGGUGCACAGAUCCACGUGGUCGUCAAGGACCAUGAGAAAAUGGGCAGGAACAGGUUUCUGGGGGAAUGCAGAUUGUCUCUUCGAGAUGUUCUCAACUCCCCCAACCUGGCAGCAACCAUCACUGUGUCCUUAGUAGAUACCAAAAAGAACAACACCGGGGCUACAGUGACCUUGCAGGUUUCCUACAUUCCUCCACCUGGAAUGAGUCCAAUAUUCCAGCCUCCUCCCCAACCAGAGGCUGUGCAUAACCCAGUGGAGCUGGACACUGUGACAGUCUUCUCGAUGGACACCAUGGGAGAGGAUGACACUGAGAGCAUGCUGAUGAUGGAGGAGGAGACGGUGGAGGAGCCGGAGCCGGUCACAGGAACCCCGGGGCCCCAGGAGCCGGGAGUUCCCACCGCCCCACCCAAAAAACACCUACCAAACUUCAACCUCAGCCUGAAGAAGAAGAAACGCCAUGGCACCAACAAAGCACCCUUGCCAAACAAACCCCAGGACCUGCAGGUACGAGUACGGAUUAUUGAGGGUCGGCAGUUGCCAGGCGUCAACAUCAAACCUGUUGUGAAGGUUACUGUCAGUGGACAGACCAAGACAACUCAGAUCCGGAAAGGCAAUAACCCAUUCUUUGAUGAGACUUUCUUUUUGAACUUCUACGAGACCCCCUCAGAGCUGUUUGAUGAACCCAUGUUCAUCACUGUGCUGGAUUCCAAGUCUCUGCGUACGGAUUCUGUGAUUGGUGAAUUCAAGAUGGACGUGGGCAUGGUUUAUAGUGAGCACAGGCAUGCGUUCCUCAGGAAGUGGCUGCUGCUCUCUGACCCCGAUGACCUCUCAGCCGGUGCCAGAGGUUACCUGAAAGUCAGUCUGUUUGUGGUGGCUGCAGGCGAUGAACCCCCGAUGGAUAGAAGAGAGGGUUUGGAGGAGAAGGAGGACAUCGAGGGGAAUCUGCUGCGCCCUGCUGGACUCACCCUCAGAGGCGCCAUUUUUACACUCCGGGUUUUCAGAGCAGAAGAUCUACCGCAGAUGGACGACGCCUUCAUGGAUGGCAUGAAACAGAUUCUAGGAUUUGAUUCAAACAGGAAGAACCUGGUUGAUCCUCUUGUGGAGGUCAACUUUGCAGGGAAAACGAUCUGUAGUAAGAUUCUGGAGAAGAAUGCCAAUCCUCAGUGGAACCAGAGCUUGACACUUCCUGUCCGGUUCCCCUCUAUGUGUGAGAAGAUGAGGAUCCGGAUCUUAGACUGGGAUCGAGCAAGUCACAAUGAUGUUAUUGGAACAUCAAACCUGUGCAUGUCUAAGAUCUCUGCCCCUGGUGGAAAGAUAGAAGAUGAGUUGUCUCCAAGGAAUCUCCAGCACAUCAUGGAUGACAGCGUGGGCUUCCUGCCAUCAUUCGGCCCCUGUUAUGUCAACAUGUACGGGAGUCCACGAGAGUUCAGCGUCCUCACUGACCCCCACGAGAUGCUCAACCUGGGCAAGGGUGAGGGGGUGGCGUACCGUGGCCGUGUACUGCUGGAGCUCAGCACCAAGCUGGUGGAUCGGGGGGAGCAUCGGGCGGAGGACAUUCCCUCUGAUGAUCUGCUGGUGGUAGAGAAGUUCAUGCGGAAGAGGAAGUAUUCCCUCUUCGCUGCGUUCUACUCAGCCACUCUCCUGCAGGAUGUGGACGAUGCCAUUCAGUUUGAGGUCAGCAUUGGUAACUACGGCAACAAGUUUGACCACACCUGCCUUCCUUUGGCUUCCACCACCCAGUUCAGCAGGGCUGUGUUUGAUGGCUGCCAUUACUACUAUCUGCCGUGGGGAAAUGUGAAGCCUGUGGUCGUCGUGUCGUCAGAGUGGGAGGACAUCAGCCCUCGCAUUGAGGCUCUCAACAUGCUGCUCAGUGCCGCUGAACAUGUGGAGUCCAACCUACAGCAGGUGCGGCUGGAGCAAAAAGCAGGCAGCGAUCUGGAGGAGGUGGAGGCAAAGCUGGUCCAGCUACUGGAUGAUGUCAUUGCUGAUUGCAGCGAGGAGUUGCCACAGAUAGAUAGCUGGCCGUGUGUGACUGCGCUGGACAAAGCCCUGAGGAACAUGCGCAAAGUCAACCUGCAGCAGAUCGUGGAGACGGCAAUGUCGCUCAAACACGGGGCAGCCACGGACGCGAGCAUGGUCCUGGAGCAGGCCGAGGACUGGGCCCUCAGACUGCGCGGCUUGGCAGAAGAGCCCCAGAACAGCCUGCCAGACAUAGUGAUCUGGAUGCUUCAGGGUGACAGGAGGGUGGCAUACCACCGCAUCCCAGCCCACCGGGUGCUCUUCUCCCAGGGCUACUGUGGGAAGCACUGUGGCCAGCUUCAGACCGUCUUCAUGAAGUACCCACAGGACGGACAGGGGAAUGCUAAGAUCCCGGCUCAGCUUCGAGUCAAGGUUUGGUUUGGUUUGGCAGCAGAUGUGAAACACUUUAACCAGUUUGCUGAAGGGAAACUGUCAGUGUUUGCUGAGACGUACGAGAACCAGACCAAGCUGGCGCUGGUGGGGAACUGGGGUACCACAGGGCUCACCUACCCAAAGUUCACUGAUCAGACUGGCAGAGUGAAGCUCUCAAAGGACAGUUUCAAACCCUCAUCGGGGUGGAACUGGGGUGGAGACUGGUGCAUCAGUCCAGAGAAAACGUUGCUGUACGAUACUGAUGCAGGUCACAUGAGUUUUGUGGAAGAGGUUUUUGAGACUCAGAUGCGGUUGCCAGGGGGACAGUGGAUUGGAAUGCCAGAAGGAUUCACUGAUGUGAAUGGGGAGAAGGCCAUUCCUAAGGACGAGAUUGAGUGCCCUCCAGGCUGGGUGUGGGAGGACGUUGAGUGGAGUGAGGACCUCAACCGAGCUGUGGAUGACCAAGGGUGGGAGUACGGCAUCACCAUUCCCCCGGACCGCCGGCCCAAAUCGUGGGUCCCAGCGGAGAAGAUGUACCACACCAACCGCAGGAGACGCUGGGUCCGCCUGAGGAGGAGAGAUCUGCAGAAGAUGGAGGCUCUGAGGAAGCAGCGUCCAGAUGAGUCAGAGCUGGAGGGCUGGGAGUACGCAUCUCUGUUUGGCUGGAAGUUUCACCUCAAGCAGCGCAAGACCGACUCGUUCCGCCGCCGGCGCUGGCGACGCCGCAUGGAGCCCCUGGAGAAGACGGGACCGGCGGCCAUCUUUGCUCUCGAGGGCUCACUGGCGAGUGUGACUGAAGAUAGUAAUGAUGACAAUUCUGUUACUACAACCUUUGGUGUCAAUCGACCGACCAUAUCUUGCUUUUUUGACAGUGGCGCUCGCUAUCACCUGCGUUGUUACCUGUACCAGGCAAGAGAUCUGCUGGCUAUGGACAAAGACAGCUUCUCAGAUCCCUACGCGAUUGUGUCCUUCUUGCAUCAAAGCCAGAAGACCGUAACGGUGAAGAACACCCUCAAUCCUACCUGGGACCAGACGCUCAUCUUCUACGAGGUGGAAAUAUUUGGAGACUCUGAAAUCACUGAUAAGAACCCCCCGAACAUCGUGGUGGAGCUGUAUGACCAGGACACCUAUGGGGCAGAUGAGUUCAUGGGCCGCUGCGUGUGCCAGCCCUCCAUGGUGGCCUCUCCUCACCUGGCCUGGUUCCCCGUCCUGAGGAACGGAAAGCCUGCCGGAGAACUGCUCGCCGCUUUUGACCUCAUCCGCAGGGAGAAGGCCUCCAUUCAUCACAUCCCUGGGCAGGAGGGUGACAUACUCCUUUCUUCCCAUAUCAUGGAUGAGCUUAUUUACCCAGGAUUCCUCUCUGAAAACCAGCAACAAUGGCCAGAGGACUCGGACCUGCCCUACCCGCCCCCUCAGCGAGAACCCAAUGUGUACAUGGUUCCCGAGGGCAUCCGACCCGUUCUGCAGCGCACAGCUAUAGAGAUCUUGGCGUGGGGAUUGCGCAACCUGAAGAGUUUCCAGAUGGCCAGCGUGUCCUGCCCAAGUCUGCAGGUGGAGUGCGGUGGCCGCAUGGUGCAAUCAUGUGUCAUCCGUAACACCAAGAAGAACCCCAACUUUGAUGUCAACACACUCUUCAUUGAUGUGCUGCUGCCCCAAGAGGAGCUGUACAUGCCUCCUCUGGUGAUCAAGGUGAUCGACAACAGGCAGUUUGGCAGGAAGCCAGUGGUGGGCCAGUGCACCAUCCACUCCCUGGAGAAGUUCCGCUGCAAGGGAGACGGCCUGGAGAGAGAUCCCACCGAGGACGAGAUAGGACAGAUGGCACCAACCCCCCGCGAUGACAUCCUGAUCGACAUCGAUGACAAAGAGCCCCUCAUACCUGCACAGCUAGCAGAUGGAACCAGCUCAGCCAUUAUUAACAUCUCUACCUCUCCUUCCAGUCUCCAUGAGGACGAGUUCAUGGACUGGUGGAGCAAGUACUACGCCUCCACAGGAGAGAGGAACAAGUGUGGGAGCUACCUGGAGAAGGGUCUCGACACGCUGCAGAUCUAUGACCGUGAGCUGGAGAAGACGGACAGUUUUGAGAAGUUGGCAGACUUCUGCCAGACUUUCAAGCUGUAUCGUGGUCGAACUCAGGACGAGAGCGAGGACCUUUCCAUCGUCGGAGAGUUCAAAGGCAUGUUUAAGAUCUACCCCCUGCCUGAUGACCCCUCCACACCCAUGCCCCCGCGCCAGUUCAGCCUGCUCCCCCCCAACGGCACUGAGGAGUGCCUGGUGCGAGUGUACAUCAUCCAGGCCAGUGGCCUUCAGCCUAAGGACACCAAUGGCAAGUGUGACCCCUAUGUGAAGAUCACGCUGGGGAAGAAGACCAUCAGUGACCAGGACCAUUACAUCCCCUGCACUCUGGAGCCCGUGUUUGGAAGGAUGUUUGAGCUGAGCUGCUCCCUCCCCCUGGAGAAGGACCUGAGGAUCGCGCUGUACGACUACGACAUGCUGACGAAGGAUGAGAAGGUCGGCGAGACAGUCAUUGACCUUGAGAACCGCUUCCUGUCACGCUACGGGGCCUGUUGUGGCCUGCCGCAGUCGUACUGCACCUCAGGGGUGAACCAGUGGAGGGACCAGCUCAGACCCACCCAGCUGCUGCAGCGGCUCUGCGAGAGGAGGAACCACCGGCGGCCCGUGUACAAGCCCGACAGCAUCCUCUUCAGGGGUCAGGAGUACACCGCCUCAGACCUGGGGGAGUCCAGAUACACAGAUGAGGCCCAGACACCCAACCCUCACUUGGGGCCUUUGCAGGAGCGCCUGGCUCUGCUCAUCCUCCGCACGCAGGAGAAGCUGGUCCCCGAGCACGUGGAGACGCGACGCCUCUACAGUCCCCUGCAACCUGACAUUGAACAGGGGCGGUUGCAGUUAUGGAUUGACGUAUUUCCGAAGUCUUUUGGACCCCCAGGACCUCCCUUCAAUAUCACACCACGCAAAGCCAAGAAGUUCUUCCUCCGCUGCAUCAUAUGGAACACCAACGAUGUCAUUCUGGAUGACGUCAGUAUUAGCGGGGAGAAGAUGAGUGACAUUUACGUGAAGGGCUGGAUGCAUGGGCACGAGGGGAGCAAGCAGAAGACUGACGUGCACUACCGCUCACUGGGGGGUGAGGGCAACUUCAACUGGAGGUUCCUUUUCCCGUUCCACUACCUGCCUGCAGAGCAGCUCUGUGUUCUGGACAAGAAGGAGCACUUCUGGAGUUUAGACAAGGCUGAGUCCAAGCUGCCCCCCAAGUUCUCCAUCCAGAUCUGGGACAAUGACAAGUUCUCCUUCGAUGACUAUCUUGGUUGUUUGGAGAUGGAUCUGAAUCACAUGCUGCGGCCAGCCAAGUCUGCGGAGAAGUGCACGCUGGAUCUGUUGCAUCAGGCCCCGGAGAAGCUGGUCUCCCUCUUUGAGCAGAAGACAGUGAAAGGCUGGUGGCCCUGUGUGUGUGAUGCCAAUGGAGAAAAAGUCAUGGCCGGAAAAGUGGAGAUGUCCCUGGAGAUCGUGCCCGAGCAGGAGCAGGAAGAGAGGCCCUCUGGGCUGGGCCGAGAUGAGCCCAACAUGAACCCUCACCUCGAGGAGCCUAAGCGCCCCGAUACCUCCUUCCUGUGGUUCUCUUCUCCCUACAAGACCAUGAGGUACAUCCUGUGGAGGCGCUUCAAGUGGGUCAUCCUCGCCCUUAUCAUUCUUUUCUUCGUCCUUCUCUUCGCUGGAGUCUUCCUCUAUGCCUUCCCGAACUAUGCAGCUAUGAAGCUGGUGGCUCCCUUUGGAAGAGGAGAGAAGGGGACUGAGUGAGGAGCUAUGUGCAGGGGGUGGGGGGGGGGGGCAGAGGGGGGAGCACUGCUUCUCAUGGGUGGGACAAGAAAUAACGUGGCAAUGUGUCGUAAGACUUUAUGUUGUGAUACAUCAUCCGUACACUGGCAUCAAAUAUCAGUAUUUUUUUUUAUGUUUGGGCACCCCACAUGGAUUUUCUAACAACAUGUCUGUUCCCAUUUUGACUAGGUAAUGACUAGGUGUAUUUAUAUUGUGUCAUUAACAAUGAGUAUUUACAGACACUCACCUUUGACCCGGAAGAAGUCCAGCUUUAUUUAUGUAACAUUCUCUGAGGCUUAUACCAUCAUGUAUCAUGGGUGCAUCAUUUUUUUUUAUUUUUUUUUUUACAUAUGGCAGGAUUAGCUGCACUGUGAUUUCACUGUUAGCCUUAAGAACAUAUAAUAAUAGUGGCUUGGGAAACUACUUACUGACUUCCCUCCCUACUACUGAUCUCUUCCUUCUUACCACAAUCUUGCCUAUAUGCAGCAAAAUGCUCAUCCUUCCCCCUCCUGGCCUAAAAGUGUUCUUGAAUUGACUUCGUAUGCAAGUCUACCUCUUAUGUCGUGCUCCUCCUUGCCUGUGCCUUGCAAAUGAGAUGAGAUAUGAGGUAUGUUUUUUUAGUUUUUUCUGUUGCCAUGGGUAUUACGAAGGUCUCUUAGAGUAGGUGUAUACAUACACGCAGGAAUGGUUCCACAUGCGAUGUGUGAGAGAGAGUACCUGUGUGAAUAUCAUGUGCGUAUGUGUCAGGGAGGUUAAAAGUGUGUGUGUCUCUUGCGUGCCUCUGCCCUCCGGGCGACCGGGCCAUGAACCCUCUUCUGUAUUCUCUUUGAUUCCCUGUAACACUUUAAUCUCUCUUUCUGUUUAAUCCCUUUUUCAUGUCGCUAGUAAAACUCUGCCCUUUUUUCACAGCCAGACGCUCCUUUCUUCUUCCUUCACGCAGAGCGAGGAAGAUAGAUCUGCCUCGUGCCUCCUCCCCCUCUCUCUCUCGCCCUCCCUCCUUCUGCUGCUAGCCCUUUCAACACCCCCUCAUUCUCCAGGUUAAAUCCAGGAUUUGUUCACUGUGCUUGUAAGGUCUGGGGAAGGCUAGUUAUUAACUGGGGCCCCGCUGUCAGCCACUGAUACAGAGAUAACCAUCAGAUCUGUUGUUUUGGUUUGAAGAAAUUCACCAUGAAAUGUGCCGGGGGUCAUCAGGGGGGCUCCGUCUGUGAGCCAGUGUGAGAAAAAGUGUGUGCCCUGCACAUGCAUGCGAGUGCGAAAACAAUCACCCGAAAGAAACAUAUCUUUUGGCCUCGGUACAAUCAGGCCUGACGGUGCAUUGGCGCACGCUUCUCUCUGCCCACCGUAACAUUUGAACAGGUGCGCUCCGGGGUCGCUACCGCGUUAUGGCCGAGGUCAAGCUGAGGGGGCAGCAUGCCACAGAACCCGAUUACAUAAAUUUGACCUUUCGGUUUCGCCGGCUCGCUUAGUGGUGUAUUUAGCUACCGGGGGAGUUCACAGCGCUGUCCGUCGGAACAGGAAAGGUCAGAUGACUAUGGGUAAUCUGCUGCAAUCUCCGUGGAUUUCCUGGAGUACACAAGUUUUGGAAGGCAAAAAAGUAGGAGAAAAGAGAAGUGGAACACUUUGAUCUUUAUAUAGCCCCCAUUGAGCUGGGUGUGUAGAGGUUAUGGAGAGGGCUUUGGGAAAGAGGGAGAGGGUGGAGAGGCAGAACGAGAGAGGGAAGCAGGGAAAGAAUCACGCUCGGUCGAAGCGACUGAAAGGAAGACUUGAUUUACGGACCUCACUUGCUUGUAUUGUGCUCUCGGUGUAGCGUUCUGAAUUUUUUAGUUCUCAAAUUUGUGCCAUUUUAGCGCUUUGACUCUGAUCUGUAUCCUAAACAUGGUGGGUUUAGCUCAGAGCAUUGCUGAAAAAAGACAAUUACAAAACAAGACUUGAAUGUUACACCUGGCCAUCAUAUCACAGUCUACCUUCACCCUGGUGAAAUAGAGGCCUCAUUCAGUUUCAUCAUUCUGAAAUGCACUGAACGGUCUCAGUCAGACGCAUUCAGUAGCUUCUGCACUCAGUGUAAUUGCCAUACUAUGCAAAGUCACAUACUUGACAAUCCUACUGGCCUGUUCUUGUUUUGUGUUUUUAUUUAAAAUAUUGCUGUUGCAGGGAUAUUGCUGAGAUUCCUAUUUAAUGUUGUAUUUUUUGUAAAAUCACCCCAAAAAAAAAAACACCUUCUGCCUGUGCUUUGUGCCUUGUAUUUUAAACAUCACAAUUCUGUGCAUCUGGUUAUGAGCUAUGUGUACAGUGUGUUUAUAUUCCAAUUAAAAUGCACUCCAAAAUA